GUCUGCCUAGGUUCUAAAGAGGAAGACUAAAGUUCCAGACCUAAAAGUGAACAAAAUCCGCCCACAUUCCCUACUGUGUACAAGGGGCCAAACGGUACAACCACCACCACCACCAUCACCAUGAGUCACAGUCCGGAAAGGAUCUCGUCCUACCGCCGUCACUUCGAGGACAGCUCCAGCUCGUCCUACCAGGUCCGGGUGUCCAGCCCGUCCCCUACCCGGAGAAAUGGCCGCACCGCUUCUGUCGGUGUGUCCCGCUGCCCUGGAGCCGGCAGCACGCGCACAGAGUCGAUGGGAAGAAGGACCGCCUCUGCUGCACGAAGGACCACCCGUGUGUCUGGAUCUAGUGCAAGCAUGGGCACCGUAGCAUGCAUAGGUUUAGACGGAGUGCCCGCCAUCGACCUGGAUGUGGCGUCUGCCGAGAACCAGGAGUUCCUCAGCACUCGCAACGGCGAACGCCGGGAAAUGAUUGUCCUCAAUGACAGACUGGCUGUAUACAUCGACAAGGUUCGAUCGCUGGAGCAGAAGAACCAGUUGCUGGAGACUGAGAUCGAGGCCUACCAGAACCGGUUCCAGAAGCCGACGGGCCUGCGCCUCCUCUAUGAGGAACAGCUGAAGGAGCUGAAGAAGAUCGCUGAACAGAUGAGAGUUCAGCGGGACAUUGCCUUGGCCUCUAAGGAGUCCACAUCUGCUAACUUGGCAUCAUUAAAGAUCAAGUAUGAGGAGGCAUUGGAGCUGAGGAGGAAAGCCGAGCUCGACAUUGAGAACUUCCGCCCAGAUGUAGACAAAGCCACAUCCUCGAGGAUCGCCUUGGAGAAACAGCUAGAGCAGCUGGAAGUAGAAAUUGAGUUCCUGAAACGGGUCCACCAACAGGAAAUUGAGGAACUUUUGAAGCAGAUCUACUCAGCCCAUGCAUCAGCCGAGAGCGCCUUUGCCCUGCCUGACCUGGCCUCAGCCUUAAAACAAAUCCAGAAGCAGUACGAUGACAUUGCUGCCAAGAACCUCCAGGACAUGGAUGCAUGGUAUAAAAACAAAUUUGAAGACAUAACCAACAAGACCACAAAGCAUGUGGAUAAGGUUCGCGGAAUCAGAGAGGGAAUAGCUGGGGCCAAAAAAGAUAUCCUAAACAAAGAGAGAGACUUGGAUUCCAUGAAGACAAAGAAUGAUGGUCUUGAAGCCCAGAUCCACGACGCACAAGAUAGGUACAAGAAGGAACUGGAAGAAUUGCAGGCCCGGAUUGAGGCCCUGCAGCAUGAGCUAAAAUCCACCAAGGGGAAGAUUGCGCUGCACCUGCGUGAAUACCAGGACCUCCUGAAUGUGAAGAUGGCUCUGGAGAUUGAGAUCACAACAUACAGAAAACUAAUUGAAGGAGAAGAUGUGCGGCUCGCUGGUAUGAUGCUCAAUGUGUCGUUCAUGAGCAGCAACUGCAUGAGCGCCAUUGGGGCUGGGACAAGCAUGGGUGGAGAAAACAUGGGCAGCACUGGCAUCGGAAGCACAGGAACCAGUGGCAAAAGUAUGGGGGGAGCAGGUACGGGUGGAGCAGGUAUUGGUGGCGUAGCAAUGGCUGGGGCUGCCAUGGGUGGAGAAGGAAUCAAUGAGACUGGCAUGGGUGGUGCUGGCAUGAGGGGAGCAAGCAUGGGUAGCAAUGGCAUAGGUGGAGUAGGAAUGGGCGGCGCAGGCAUGGGCGGUGCAGGCAUGGGUGAAUCAGGCACUGGUAGAGUGGGAAUGGGAGGGGCUGGUGGUGGAGCAGGAAUCAGUGGCAGAGGCAUGGGUGGUGCGGGCAUGAGUGAAGCCAGUAUGGGGGGUGUAGGCAUGGGGGGAGCUGGGAUGGGUGGCACUGGCAUGGGUGGUGUAGGAAUGGGCGGUGCUGGAGCCGGUAUUGGAGGUGUGGGCAUGGGUGGCACUGGCACGGGUGAAUCAGGCACGGGUGGUGUAGGAAUGGGUGUUGCUGGAGCCGGUAUGGGUGGUGCAGGCAUGGGUGGUGCUGGUUCCGGCAUGGGUGGGGCCGGCUUGGCUGGUUCCGGUAUGGGUGCUGGAGGCAUGGGUGGAGAAACAAUGGGCAUUGCAGCAAUCAGUGGCACAGGCAUUAAUGCAGGAAUGGGUGGUGCUGGCAUGGGAGGUGCUGUUAUGCGUGGUGCCGGUAUAACUGGUGCUGGUGUGGGUGGAGCUGGAAUGAGUGGGUUAGGCCUUGGGGGUGUAGGCAGGGGAAGUGGGGGGAUGGGAGGAAUGGGCGGAGCCGACAUGACUGGCGCUGGAGGAAUGGGCGGAGGCCUUCACGGAGUCGGGUCAAGGGGCAUGGAUGGAGGCCUGGACAGCAGUGCCGGGGGCGUACAUUCAGGCACCGAGGGCCAAGGAGGAAUGGGAGUGGGUCGGGUGGGGGGCUCGGGCCCUGAGGGGAUGGGCCGUGGGAGGAGUGUAGGUGGGGGCAGGGGUACUGGCUCUGGAGGAGCUGAUCUCUCAGGAGUAGCCAAUGGGUACGCUCGAACCGGGGGCGUGACGGGAGGCAGUGGAGGAAUGACUACCAUGGGCGGAUUGAGGAACAUGUCUGGAGAGUGCCUGGAUGGUGCCGGUUCAGGAGAUCCUAGGAAAGCCAUCGAUGCCUACGCAGAGCAAGCUGUAGAGUUGACCGAGAGAAGGACCGUACUUAUUAGGACCGUAAAAAACGAGGACGAGGUGCUGGAAACUGACCACCAUGAACAGACCUACAUCAUCAGCGGGGCUGCGGACGACUCUGACGAUGACCAAGCGUGAUUUAACCAUUUGACCUUCUUUGACCAUUAAAAAGCUAACCCACCCCACCCCCCUCUUUCCACUGACCACUGACCAUGUCUGGAGCAUGACCUUCGCCCUUUGACCUGGACAUCAGGAGCAUGAAAGACGCCCUCACCAGCCGAGCUGCGUCUCUUCCUAUUGGGCUGCACUGUGUCCCACAAGGGACGCUCAAUGUUUUCUCUACACUUUGCUUCGGUUUGCACUCCCCUUUUCUUUUUUUUCCUUCAAUGAGCUGCAAAUAAAGCCAUCAGCAUUCAA